AUGACUAACCAACAGCCAAAAACUUUACAAUAUACCACCAAGUUCGAUGAUCACUCAUACCGCAUCCCACUAACAAUUCAAUACAUAAUUUUUAAAAUUGUUGGAUUAUCACCGUGGACGAACUUUCAACGUACACAAAAAAAAAGUUAUGUAAUUCAACACUCACUUUCUGGAACACUUUACAAUCUUGCAUUGAUCAUCGCUUAUUGUUCAUAUUUCGUGUGGUCAUAUGAAGAUCUUAUUCCGCGAAAAGAUCAACCUGAUUCCGCUUUUGCAAAAACAGUCGGAAACAACGUGCACAUCUUAAGGAUAGUCGCUACAGCUUUAAUAUGGAUCUUUUUCAUGAUGCAUCAAAAAUUGAUGAUCAGAAUUCUCAAUAAAUUAGCAGCUUCAAGCAGUCUGUUGCAAAGGUGCGAGCUUUACAACUUCAGAGACAACCAUGCUAUCUACUGGAUAUUUCUUAGCAAUUUUUUGGUGACUACUUACCUGGUGGUCUUGGAAAUACUUGUGUACAAGCCAAUUUUGGUUCCUAUCAGGCUUAUUCCUGCUCUGAUACACUCCUGGGUUUUGAUGCAGUAUUCACUUCUGUUAGAUAUUGUGAUGAAACAAUUCGAAAGCAUUCAAUCAACCAUUUUGAAGUUAGGUGAUGUAGAUAGUGAUAUAAAGUUACACACGUUAUUUGUUACUAAAGUGCCGCUACGAAGACAAAUCACGCAUGAAAUCACCAAGAUUAGAGAUGUUCACGGGAAACUGUUCAAAAUCACCGAGCUGAUUUCAAAUUUUUAUGGAUCACCAAUUUUGAUGACCAUUUUUUACUUUGGCGUUUCGAGUGUGUGUUAUUUGUACUUUAUUAUUCUUUCACUUUUCGCAAAUGACAAGGGAGAAAUCACUGUGAAUUAUUACAGUUUUAGUUCUUGGUUUUUGAUUAUGGUUUAUGGAUUUAUUGUGAUGACUGCCAAAGUUGGCCGAGCCAUUGCACAGGUAAUGUAUAGAGUCAUCGCCCUCUCCAUUUAUAAAUAA